CGGCGCAAUGUCGCAGGCGCCUGGUGUCCGUUCUCCAUUCGUGCUACGUUUCGCGGUUGCAUCGGUUGCAUCAUAUUUUGCAAAUCAACGUUCAAUUCUACAUAAAAUAUCAAUUUUAUUACGCGCGUGAUUGAUAUACAUAAUGGACAAUUCUUAUUGCAUAGACUGUGGCGAAUUGAUGGAGAAAGAUCACAUAUGCUAUAUCAAUGAAAAUUUAGAAUUAAAUAAUGAGAAUUGGGAAUCAUCCGAGAUAGCUCAUUCUGAAGAUUUAAAUAUUGAAGAACUAAUUAACGAGGUAUUUCAAAGACCACCAUUGUGGAAUAGCAGUCUUCCAUAUGAAAAUCGAGGACCAGCAACAAUCAAAUUUUUAUGGUUGGAGAUUGAUGAAAAAUUAAAUUUAUAUCCUGGUACAGCAAGCUCUAAAUGGCGUAAUCUACGAGACACUUAUGUCCGAAAGUUAAGUGAGCAAAAUAAAUAUGUUCCCAGUGGAAGUGCUGCUGAAGCCAAACCUAAAUCAGUAUCAUGGCCAUAUUUUGAGUUAAUGGGAUUUUUACGAUCAACAGUAACACGUCGAAAGACAUUUAGUAACAUAAAACCACUUAUACCUUCUACUAACGGGAUAAAGAACAAGGAUUAUUGUGUUAAUGUAAAAGAACCAUUAAAAGAUCAAAAUUCUACAUGUGUUACUCCAUCAAAUUACAGAAGCAAUACUUAUAAAAAAGAUACUUUUUUAGAAAAAAAAAAUUCUGCAACAUCAAGUUCUACUACAAGUGAUACAGAAAUUCUAGAAUUUUUUCCAAAAAGUUUUGAUUCCCAAAAUCAAGCUUAUUCUAGAUCAACAGUACCAAAUUAUUCAUUAAAACGACAAAAUAUGGAAUUAGAGGAAGGAAUUAUACCCUCAAAAAACGUACAGGGCUUAGGAACUAGCAAUAUAGAUAAAAGAAAUAUUAAUAUACCAGGUACGAUUAUUUUGCAUAUGAAAUUUGGUAAUUUUACAUUUCAUAUUUUGUAUAUUUGAAAUAUACAUACAUAUAUUUGUACACAUACAUGUGUACAUUUAGGGUCUAGCAGGUUGCAACAAUUUUUUAAA